GCAUAUUUCCAGUUCUAUGAAACGGACAGAGGAAGUAUUCUCUAUGGUUGCCAUAAACAUAUUGGCCUUUAUCAAUGUAGGUAUGAAGUAAAGAGGAUGAGAUUUGGGCUUAUUUUCAGACAGUUUGGAAAAGCUCUUAUCUAAUCUACUCUACUCUACAACAUUUCUUUCAUUCCUGUCAAAAUUCACAUUGCUCUUCUCUCUUGCAUUGAAACUCAUUGUUGCCGGGUCUUCUGUCGCGUUCAUUUUCUCUGAUGCUACUCUCAUGUUUUGUAUUGAUCUCUUUUCUUUCCUCAUGAUUACCAAACCAUGAUUCCUCUACCCCCUCCCUCAAUCCGGAGCAAUUCCAUCCGCCACAUUCAUCUCAGCGGCGUCACCCCCUUCCACAUUGCUCAAACCAUUCAAUCCACGCUCGUAUCCAGACUGCUCGAAUAUAAGAAAGAAGCCUCAGCUCAGCAACAUGCCGACCCCAAACCUCCCGCGCCAAUCCCCACAGUCCUCACAUUCCAACCGACUCCCGUCUACACCACCGGGCGACGCGAGCUCCAAACUCCUCUUUCCGAAACUCUCCUCAAAUCUCUUCGCGAGCCAUUAAUCCCCGUUUCGACCACUCAUCUACCAACCAUCCGCAAACCAUUCACCACCUCUGACAAAACGCAGCAAAUAGCCGACGUGGUGCAAACGCCUCGCGGCGGUCUCAUAACAUUCCACGGUCCCGGCCAACUAGUCAUCUAUCCCAUCGUUGACCUACUAGCUUUCCGUAACAUAGGCGCAAAAUGUUACGUGAACCUUCUAGAAGAAUCGACCAUCCGACUGCUCCACAAAAUGGGCUUGGAGAUUCUCGGAAGAACAGAGAAUCCAGGGGUAUGGCUGAACGAAGGCGAGAAGCUAGCAAGUUUAGGAGUGCACCUGAGGAGAAACGUAAGUAGUUACGGGGUUGGACUCAACAUGAUCAUGGAGAGAGGAUGGUGGGACCGAAUCAACGCAUGCGGGCUCGACGGCAAAAAAAUCGUGAGUAUCGAUGAACAAAUGUCCGAUGCGGAAACGCAGGGUUUCAAGGAACACGAAGAGAGCAGAUGGCCCGCAUACAAAGCCAUGUUGAAAGACGGAGCCGCGGUCGCACAAACAUGGGUCGCCGAAUUUGCCGCAGGACUAGGACGACUAGACCGAGGCGAGAAGUGCGAGGAGAGUAAAACGGCAAGCGAAAAUAAUAUCAAAGCUAGACCCGACGAGAAGAGCAAGCCGGGCGAUACCAACGGGGUACAUUGGACGAGCUGGGAAGACAUGCCAGAAUCGGUAAAGAAAUUAAUCCCAUUCGAUAUCCGCGGAGGAAACGAAUUGAACAUAAGCACCGGUGGGGGAUAUGUAGAAUACCGACCGUGGAGAGAGUAGAGUAGAAAAGAAGAAUGGUAGACGUGCAAAAUAAUUGACUACAGUCUCCAAGAUUUCGUAUAAUCUUGCAAGAAAAUGAUCAUCUAAAAUCCUUACAGAACAACAGCAUCUGUCUAACAGUACCUACAAGUGAAGGUUUUUGCAGACAAGCAAGCGACCGACCGACCGAGGAGAGGAAUAGAUAGAUAUUAUAUAUACCUACCUGUGUACCUACCUAUCUAUCUCUUUAUUUCUCAUAAUUAUAUAAAAAGGUGUAAGCUUUUCUAAUAAUAUGAGUCGUUUCUAUGAGGCCGAGCCAAGUCUAUGUUACGUAUAACAUUAGAUAGAUAUACUUUCAAUUUAAAUCUUA